GCCAAGCUCAACAUGUCCAAGUCCACCUCCUCUACCAAGUCCAAGGCCCUCAAGUGGUCGGCCGUCUUCCUCCUCCUCGCGGCCGUCGCCAACGCCGCCGCCGUCCCCCAGUCGGACGCGGUCGCCUUCGAGACCCAGUCGCAGCUCCAGCAGUCGCUCGGCCUCCAGAAGAUCCCCGCCGUCCGCAACCCCAAGUUCACCGAGAACGGUGCCGCGGCCAUCGCCAAGGCCCAGGCCAAGUACGGCUUCAAGUCGACCCACGCUACCGGCCCCGUCAACGACCAGGUCAUCGGCACCACGCCCGCGGCGUCUGACAACGGCGACCUCGAGUACCUCGUCCAGGUGCCCAUCGGCACCCCUCCCCAGACGCUCAACCUCGACUUUGACACUGGCUCGUCCGACCUCUGGGUCUUCUCGUCCAAGCUCCCCGCGUCCUCCAAGAGCGGCCACAGCAUCUUCACCUCGGCCGCCUCGUCCACCUUCAAGGCCCUGACCGGCUACUCGUGGUCUAUCGAGUACGCCGACCUCUCGACCGCGUCGGGUACCGUCGGCACCGACAAUGUCAACCUCGGUGGCCUUGUCGUCAAGAACCAGGCGGUCGAGCUCGCCACGCAGGCCUCGGCUUCGUUCAUUAGGAACAACAACGACGGCCUCGUCGGCCUCGGCUUCUGGAACGGCCAGUACGGCAACACUGUCAAGCCGACUUCCCAGAAGAACGUCAUCGCCAACCUCAUCUCGCAGGGCACUGUCCCCGCCAACGCGCAGCUCUUCACCACUGCCCUCUACUCGUCGCGUGACUCGGCGUCGUCGUUCUACACCUUUGGCUACGUCGACCAGAGCCUCGUCAGCGCCUCGGGCCAGGCCAUCUCGUGGACUCCUGUCGACUCGAGCCUCGGCUUCUGGCAGGUCCCGUCCACCACUACCUAUGUGGGCGGCAAGGCCAUCACCCAGUCGGGCAACACGGGUAUCGCCGACACUGGCACCACCCUCGCGCUCCUGUCCGACACGGUCGUGAACGCCGUCUACGCCCUUAUCCCCGGCUCGAGCUACUCGACUGCCGACGAGGGCUACAUCUUCCCCUUCAGCUCGGCCAAGAGCCUCCCCACUGUUACCAUUGCUAUCGGUAACAAGCAGUUCGCCAUCCAGCCCGAGGACCUCAUCUACGGCACCUCCAAGGACGGCAGCCAGUACUUUGGUGGCAUCCAGUCCCGCGGUGACAGCUCCUUCGACAUUCUCGGUGAUGUCUUCCUCAAGUCGGUCUACGCCAUCUUCGACCAGGGCAACACCCGUCUUGGUCUGGUCCCCAAGAUCGAGGCGACCCAGCACCUUACCGGCCGUGACGAGUAAGCGUGGCGGGGUAGGCAGGCGACAGGAGAAAGAAGUGAAAAGAAUGAAAUUCGGAAGAAGAAUAUGGUGCAUGCCUAGCUCCC